AUGUCUUGGGCGGCAAAGAGAAAGACCACGCGGACUGAAGAUAUAGCCUAUUGCCUCCUUGGAAUCUUCGGCGUCAAUCUCCCUCUGCUGUACGGCGAGGCUGAAAAGGCUUUCCAGCGACUUCAAGAGGAAAUCAUUCGUUCGAAAGCCGAUCUCAGGGUUGACAAAUGGACGCUUACCGGUGUUCUCGCACAUUCGCCAAAAGACUUUGUCAAUGGUCACAUCGUGCAACGUGUGUAUGGGAGGGACGUUCGCGAGUUCUCCUUCACCAACGUCGGCAUUAAAACGCGUUUGCGCAACCUUUGGGCUCAAGACUACGGCUGUGUUAUGCAGUUGAACUGCUUUUCGAUCGAAUCGGGAAAGCACUUGGCGCUAAGACUGCGCAAAGUUGGUCCAGAAAUGUACCUGAGAGAGGGGCCGUACGAUCUUCUAGAGUAUGCUACUGGUGCAUUUCACGAGCGACGAUCUGUUGAACGAUACCUCCUUACUGCCAUACCGGCAAUACCAAGAUAUUCGGAUCGAUUGGAUCCAUCUGUAAGGUUCCAUCCCGCAGAGAGGCUGUUAGGUUUCAUGCGAGAAUUUCCCGUGCGCGUCAAGCUACCACCGGAAGUUCAUCUAGCCAGGAUGUGGCCAGCUGACCGAUGGGAUGAAGAAGACCGGCUGUUCUUUGUCUCUGGCGAUCCGCGUUGGGAUUCGUUCCAGUUGAACCUGCGCUACGAACUCAAUUACGAUGCCAAGUCCUCCGACGGGACUGUCACUGAGGCUACCACAACCUUUAUCUUUACUCUGUAUGCGUUAGGAUGGUCUCAUAUACAGGUGGAUGCCGUAGAUCGUGCUUCAUUCGGCCUCGUAGACCGUCUAGAAUAUGGACCAACUGUGGACAAAAUUCACCGAUGGAUUGUGGACGAGGAACCGACAACAGCUUCAAUAUCCAUGUGGUUCGCGAAGGAAAACAUGCCGAGACACCAAUUUCUACGCUACGAUAUACCUCAGUCCCCUAGUAGCCUGGUAAUAAAGAUUGAAAGCACGCUGGAUAACACUGUCACCUUGACAGCAGAGGAGAUACCUACUAUCAAUGCGCCAGAGUGCGUCACACAACACUGGCCUGAGUUCAGGGACUACUAG